AUGUUCAAGGCCUCGCGCCACUCGUCACCAACAUAUACUACACCUCUACCUGUCGUGCGAUUAAGAGGGCCGGCACAGCUCUCACGUUCCACUUCAGACUCAAAUCAGUCCUCGCCGUCGACCUCUUCCCCCAGACUGGACCAUCCUGUGGGAUCAGAUGGCGACGCUCCAGAGGGAAUUUUCAGCCCAGAGGUCAAGAAGAUCAUGCGCAACAGCAUGUAUCUUACGUUCAACGCUCCACGGGUUGAUGACUACCACCGGGCUCUCUUCUUGACCGAGCCACGACACACUUCAGACAACUCUCUCAACGUCUCAGGAACAUUGUUCCACGCCAGCUACGACAGGCCGAGCGGAACACCCGAAGGCACAUCCAAAAUUUGGCAGCUCGAACAAAAACCCUCGCGAGACGUCUCCGCUGUGAAAUCACUUGUCCUCUUGUACAAGAUAUGUACUCUGGACCCUGCACGUGGGCCCAUCGAGUCUCAAUGCGAGGAGAUCCGUUCAAUCGUUAGCCGAGUCCCCCUUGGUCGACAAAACCGCGAGGCUCAGCUCGGGCCUCUUUCCGAAGGGGAAGGAAACCCUGUCCUCGACGGCUACGACUGUGUGAUUUGGACAGUCGACGCCAUUGACGCCCUAGCCCAAGCCGGAAUACUCUCUCUUUCGAAGAUGGGCUUUCGUAACGCAGGUGAAUUCAUGGCUGCUGCCCGAAGCCAAGCCGGCCCGGAGAACGCUAGAAGCAUGGUCGGUGUCGACUUCGGCGGGUUGAGAGUCGUAAACGAGCCGAGAUGA